GCGGCGGCGGCGGCGGCGGCGGCGGCGACGUCUCCGGCCCUUCGGGCGCGGCGCGGUGUGUCGGCGGCCGGGGUGAUGCUGCUCAAGCUCUUGCAGAGACAGACCUAUACCUGCCUGUCCCACAGGUAUGGGCUCUACGUCUGUUUCGUGGGCGUCGUUGUCACCAUCGUCUCGGCCUUCCAGUUCGGAGAGGUGGUUCUGGAAUGGAGCCGGGAUCAAUACCAUGUUUUGUUUGAUUCCUACAGAGACAAUAUUGCUGGGAAGUCCUUUCAGAAUCGGCUCUGUCUGCCCAUGCCCAUCGACGUGGUUUACACCUGGGUGAAUGGCACGGAUCUUGAGCUACUGAAGGAACUGCAGCAAGUCAGAGAGCAGAUGGAGGAGGAGCAGAAAGCAAUGAGAGAAAUCCUUGGGAAGAACACAACGGAACCAACUAAGAAGAGUGAGAAGCAGUUGGAGUGUUUGCUGACACACUGCAUUAAGGUGCCAAUGCUCGUCCUGGACCCAGCUCUGCCGACCAACAUCACACUGAAGGACCUGCCAUCUCUUUAUCCUUCUUUUCAUUCUGCCAGUGACAUAUUCAACGUUGCAAAACCUAAAAACCCUUCCACUAAUGUCUCAGUUGUUGUUUUCGACAGUACAAAGAAUGUUGAAGAUGCCCACACUGGAAUUUUUAAAGGAAACAGCAGACAGACAGUUUGGAGGGGCUAUUUGACAACAGAUAAGGAAGUCCCUGGGUUAGUGCUAAUACAAGAUUUGGCUUUCCUGAGUGGAUUUCCACCUACAUUCAAGGAAACAAAUCAACUGAAAACAAAAUUGCCAGAAAAUCUUUCUUCUAAAAUAAAACUGUUGCAGUUAUAUUCAGAGGCCAGUGUAGCACUUCUAAAGUUGAAUAACCCCAAAGAUUUCCAAGAACUGAAUAAGCAGACGAAGAAGAAUAUGACCAUCAAUGGAAAGGAACUGACCAUAAGUCCUGCAUAUUUAUUAUGGGAUCUGAGUGCCAUCAGCCAGUCUAAGCAGGAUGAAGACGUUUCUGCCAGCCGUUUUGAAGAUAAUGAAGAGCUGAGGUACUCACUGCGAUCUAUCGAGAGGCAUGCGCCGUGGGUUCGGAAUAUUUUCAUUGUCACCAAUGGACAGAUCCCAUCCUGGCUGAACCUCGAUAAUCCUCGAGUGACAAUAGUCACACACCAGGAUGUUUUUCGAAAUCUGAGCCACUUGCCUACCUUCAGUUCACCUGCUAUUGAAAGUCACAUCCAUCGCAUCAAAGGGCUGUCCCAGAAGUUCAUUUACCUGAAUGAUGAUGUCAUGUUUGGAAAGGAUGUCUGGCCGGAUGAUUUUUACAGUCACUCCAAAGGUCAGAAGGUUUAUUUGACAUGGCCUGUGCCAAACUGUGCUGAGGGCUGCCCAGGAUCCUGGAUUAAAGAUGGCUAUUGUGACAAGGCUUGUAAUAAUUCGGCCUGUGAUUGGGAUGGCGGUGAUUGCUCCGGUAACAGUGGUGCGGGUCGCUAUGUAGGAGGAGGUGGGGGCACCGGGGGCAUUGGAGUCGGACAGCCCUGGCAUUUCGGUGGAGGAAUAAGCGGUGUCUCUUACUGUAAUCAAGGAUGUGCAAAUUCCUGGCUCGCUGAUAAGUUCUGUGACCAAGCCUGCAAUGUCUUAUCCUGUGGGUUUGAUGCUGGUGACUGUGGGCAAGAUCAUUUUCAUGAAUUGUAUAAAGUAACUCUUCUCCCAAACCAGACUCACUAUGUUAUUCCGAAAGGUGAAUGCCUGCCUUAUUUCAGCUUUGCAGAAAUAGCCAAAAGGGGAAUCGAAGGCGCCUAUAGUGACGACCCAGUAAUCCGACAUGCUUCUAUCGCCAAUAAGUGGAAAACCAUCCACCUCUUAAUGCACAGUGGAAUGAAUGCGACCACAAUACAUUUUAAUCUCACAUUUCAAAGUACAAAUGAUGAAGAGUUCAGAAUCCAGAUAGCAGUAGAGGUUGACACAAGGGAGGAGCCCAAACGGAAUUCUACGACCCAGAAGUCUUACCAAAGUUUGGUUAGCCCCUCAGCUCUUCUUCCAGAGGUGGAAAUCCUGUUUGAGGAUAUCCCCGAAGAAAAACGCUUCCCCAAGGUCAAAAGACACGAUGUUAACACAACAGGAAGUUUCCAAAUGGAGGUGCAAAUUCCGCUGGUCAAUAUUUCACUCCUUCCAAAAGAGACCCAGUUGAGCCUUAAUAACUUGGAUUUGCAGCUAGAACACGGAGACAUCACCGUGAAAGGAUACAAUCUGUCCAAGUCAGCCCUGCUGAGGUCGUUUCUGAUGAACCCACAGGAUGCAAAGUUAACAAUAAAUCGCCCUCUGAUGACAGAGCAAAGAAAUGACAGUUUGGAGGCCCCACUGGAGAAACAGGUUCACAAAAGCAUCUUACCCAGCAGCUUAGGAACAUCUGAAAGAUUCCAGGGGUUAUUGCCUUUUCCAGCAGUGACAAUGACAGUGAAUGGCCACUCCCAGAGCCAGACUCCACCCCUGGACUUAAAAACCAAAGCAAGAUUCAAGUCCAAAACUGUGACCCCGAAAGUAGGAGGUGGAGGUGUGUCAAAAGAAAAGCUCUCAUCUCUGAUUUUCCCACUGGAAAACAGGGAGACACAAAAGGUAAUCACAGGGAAAGAACAAGAGAAGAACAGAAUGGAGGAAGAUGCUAACAGUUACCUAGGUGGUAACGAAGUAUUACCUGGAAGAAAACUGCAACGUUACACAGAGAGUUACCUGGGCUUUUUGCCAUGGGAGAAGAAAAAGUAUUUCCAAGAUCUUCUUGAUGAAGAAGAGUCACUGAAGACACAACUGGCAUACUUUACUGAGAGCAGACACACAGGGAGGCAACUAAAAGAUACGUUCGCAGAUUCCCUCCGAUAUGUAAACAAAAUUCUAAAUAGCAAGUUUGGAUUCACAUCUCGAAAAGUCCCUGCACACAUGCCUCACAUGAUCGACCGAAUAGUUAUGCAAGAACUGCAAGACAUGUUCCCUGAAGAAUUUGACAAGACGUCAUUUCACAAAGUGCGCCACUCUGAGGACAUGCAGUUUGCCUUCUCUUAUUUUUAUUAUCUCAUGAGUGCAGUUCAGCCACUGAACAUAUCUCAGGUUUUUGAUGAAGUUGACACAGACCAAUCUGGUGUCUUAUCUGACAGAGAAAUCCGCACGCUGGCUACCAGGAUUCACGACCUGCCUUUAAGUUUGCAGGACUUAACAGGUCUGGAACACGUGUUAAUAAAUUGUUCGAAAAUGCUUCCUGCUAACAUCACUCAGCUAAACAACAUCCCGCCAACUCAGGAAGCGUACUAUGAUCCUAAUCUG